ACCAAAAGUUCCAAAUUUGGUCCGUUUCCGACGCCGCUUUUGGAGAAAGCAAGAAGAAAAUGAUACCUGAGCAAUGGGCUUCUCCUUGUGGAAAUCAAUGCACUCACAAAUACGCUGCUCUCACCCAGAUUCCCUGGAGAGUGUUCUGCAAAAAAGGGUGUAGUGCGGAUGGAGAGACAUGGGAAGAAUGUUUAUCGGAAUGUGAUGAGAUAUGCUAUAAGGAUCCUGUGUUGAAGGACCAGAAAUGGAGUGCUUACAUGGAUCGCUCCCCUGGAGCUACCAAUUACUCUCAGGAAUGCUUCAAUGCUUGUGUAGCUGGAUGUGGUUAUAAGUUUGAAAUAUGUAAAGAGAUAGUGGCACAAGUCAGACCAAGACCAUUGCCACACAGUCCUCCUCCGUUGGUGAAACCGCCACCAUCCACUACUCCUGAUGAACGUGCCGAAGAUGUACCAAGUACUUCAGCAUAGAGGUGAAAAGAUGAAAGUCCGAUAUAAUCUUUAUUCGCUGAAUAGCAUGCUAGGAGAAAUCCAUCAUGUUGCUGACAUGCUACUAUUGAUCGAUAAAGUCUAGUCCGGGGCCGUUUAGGUGAAGAAACAUUUUUAUUUUCUUCUGUUGUUUGCCCCUCUUCAGGUGCCACCACAUUUGUCCUUAGAAACAUUUCUGCUAAUUAGUACGGGAAGGCGAUGUAAGUUCCCGGU